AUGAACAAGACAGCAGCUAAUUUUCUUGUGCAUCAAUUGUUGAAUAGAAAGGCCUCGGCUAUCAAGGCCACCAAUCCAAUAGUUUCGGGAAAUUUGUUGAGUAGUGGAUCCGCUUCUACUUGUACUAGAUCCUUUUCAAAUAAUUUAUUGUUGAAGGAGAGUAGUAUUAAUUCCGAAAAUCCUGUUCUUGAAACUGCUUCUCAACUUGAUAGACAAAAAUUGAAGGACCUUUUAAAAAAGAAAAACAACAAGGAAAUUUUGACUCUCGGAGAUGCUCCAUCAUUUAAUAAUGUUAAACCAAAAUUACCAAAUCUUACACAAUCAUUAUUUAGUGAUAAGGUUUCUCUUGAAUAUGUUGUUCCUGGAAUUCACUUUAAUGCUAAAGAUUUGAAAAUUUCAUCCCUUGAUAAUGGUCUCAGAGUUUCAACAUUUUCUAAACAUUCUAAUCUGGUUAAUAUUUGCGUCACAUUCAAAGCUGGUCCAAGAUAUGAAAAACCAGAAGAAAGAGGAAUUUCAACAAUUAUCAAUAGAUUAACUUUCGCUCACAGUAGAAAGUUUUCCGAAGAUUAUGUGAAGGAAAAUUUGGAAGAUAAGGUAUUAUACGAAUCAACAUCUGAAUACGAAAGCCAUUCCUUCUUUAUCACUUGUCCAAAGGAUAAGGUAGAAUUGGCAUUUGAAUUCCUUUCUGACACAAUGUUACAUCCAAAGUUUUACCAAUCAGAUAUCGAUGAUGCUAUCGAGUUAUUGAAAUACAAUUUAGAAACUGAAAUGGCAAUUCCUGCAAAUUCUAAUGUAUUGACAGAUUGCAUUUUAAAGUCAUGCUUUGGAACCAACUCGGAAGGAGGUCUCGGAAAUCCUUCAGUAUCCAUUAAGGAAGAUGCUACACCUGAAAUGCUCUAUGAAUUCUACAAUAGAUUCUAUGUUCCUAAGAGGUGUACUAUUUCAUCGAUUGGUAUUGAACACGACAAGAUGUUAUCCCUUGUUAAAAAGUAUAUGGACUUCUCACCAGGAGCCCUCUCUAACAAUUUUGAACCAGUUGCUUUUGCCAAACCAGUUUGGAAUCCUUCUUCAGUCAUGACUGAAUUUUUGGAAAGACCACAAUCUGCCUAUUUACAAAAUAUUCCACCAACUACAUCAUAUGCAGUUUCAUUUGAAGGUAUUGGAUACAAGGAUAGCGAUAAUUUAUUUGUUGCAAAUAUUUUGGAAGUACUUUUGGGAGGAGGUGAUUCAUUCUCAAGUGGAGGUCCAGGAAAGGGUAUUUACUCUGUAAUUAAUAGACAUUAUUUACCUGCCUAUCAAUUCCACAAUAUGAUUGCUCAACAUUUUGCCUAUUCUGAUACUGGUAUUUUCUCAUUCCAUGCAAGUCUUAAUCAUGAAGAAUUGAAUCCAGGUCAACUCCCAGUUGCAAUCUUAACUUUAUUGGCCAAGAUGCCUGAAUAUAUUGACGAUGCCCUCUUGGAUCAAGCCAAGCAACAAUACAAAUCCCAAGUCCUUCACAGUUUGGAAGACAACUCAACAUUGGUUCUCAAUGCUGUUAACGAUUUAAUGUGGAAUGACAAAUACUUUGGAGUUGAUUACCUUGUAGAAAAGAUUGAUUCUGUUUCAAAGAAUGAUAUCCUUGCCAUGAUGGACAAAUUAUUCUACAAUGGUAAACAACCAGGUAUUGCAGCAAUUGGUGAUGUUAACAGAAUAUCGGCUUCUAUAUCAAAUGAACAAUUCCGUAAAUACUACUCUGAUAUUUGUAAGCAAAGAACUGGCAACUCACUCAUGUCCAGAUUAUUCAAGAGAAAAUAA